AUGGAUCCUCUAAUGGAAGACACCAACGCCGAUGCGCCUCAGCUCAACAUGCUCGGCCAGGCCGCAGCCAAGCUGCUGGAAUACGGCAACAACGCCACCAACAACCUCCAGGACACCUUUACCAAUAUGUCCAUUCAGGGAUGGCUUCGCCUCACCGCGAUUGUUGGCGGUUACCUUUUGCUACGUCCAUGGAUCCUGAAACUUUCUGUCAAGACGGCGGUGUCGAAGCUGGAGGAGGAAGAUGAGAGAGACAAAGCCAAGGCUGCCCUGACCCCCAACGAGCUGAGGGGCGCCAAGCAGCAGCUGGAAGAGCAUCUUGAGGACGACAGCGGCGACGGCACCGGUGCGGACUGGGGCCAGAGAGCCAGAGUGCGUCAGCGAACCCUGUUGAAGGAGAUGCUGGAAGCGGAGGAGCAGAGACGGAUGGAGGAGCAGGAAGACGACAGGGACAUUGCUGAAUAUCUGGAAGACUAA